UAUUCCUUUUCUCCCGCAUACACGUGUCGUUACGGAGCUUGUUGCUUGCAUCGUUCUUCUUCUCUUCUCCCUGUUCACCUCUUCCAGGUUCAGCUGUCCCAGGUCUCUGUCCCGCCUUCCAGCUCCGAUUAACAUUCUGAAGUAAGAAUCGUCGUAGCUCUUGUUGGUCUGUAUGAUAUAAAAGAUCAGCGAUUGCAGUCUCAAUGUGCAGGAAGUAGAGUCAGUGCGUACUUCAGAACAGUAAUAGUCAUCCACGGUUUUAGUGUGGUGGCUUCAAGUUCUUGUGGUACCAAAGGGCAGCUAGAAUUGGGAUGCUUAUUGUGUACACACCCACCCACACACACGUAUUGAUGUGCGCCGUGUACAUGCCUAUCUAUUGUCCAAAAGUCUGAUGAAGGUGGGGCAUUCGACAAAUUUUCUAAUGGUUGACAUGAGAUUCUGCUGCAUAGGAAGGUUAAUUUUCUUGGUUAAAUGUUUUGACUGAUAAGUUCCGUCAACUCCUAAUGUUUUAUGUCCUGCUUAGAGAAAACUUAUUGAUGGAGAAGAAAUUGAAGGUGCAAGAUGAUGAUGUGUGUAUUAUUAAUUGCCCCUUGCCUUUCAACGACAAGACAUUAAUACCGGCGGUUAAUACAAAGCGGCAUUUGGGUUUUAUGAACUGAUGCAAAGGUUGACAGAUGUUAUUUUGUUCUUUCAACUGACAGGCAUGGCUGUUGAAGAUGGAAAUAGUGUAGGGUCCAUGUCUUUAGCGCUUCGUUCUUCAUCGGAUACCAAGCAAAGCGGAGAUGUUCUCUCCCCGGAAGACAUUGCAUGGGUCGAUUCGUGUCUCACUAAAGACCUUGAAGUUCAUGAAAAUGGUUGGGAUUCUUUGAAACAAGCCUUGCUGGAAGCCCUUGAAUCCUCAGCUGUCGAAAGUGGGAUUAACCAGAGUGAUAAUUAUGAAGUCGAUAUGAUUAUGAUUCCUUCUGCUGAAGAGUCUGAAACCGCAAAGUUCUCAGAAAGAGCUGAUGAUGAUGAUCUUGUCAUUCCCUUCCUUAUAGACGAAGCACGGAAAGAAAGUGAAAGUUCGGUGCUUGGUGAAAGUUUGGAGGCACAAACUUCUGUCGGUAGUCCAUUUCUGCCUAACUAUAAGGAAUUCCCAGAUGAAGAAGAAGGAAAAGAAAGGGUGAAUGUGAGUGUGAGUCCUGGGUUCAAAUUAGAAGCCCUCGAGAAUGACCCUACUGGCAAAGACAUCUUCAAGGUCUGGGAAUUGGAGAUUCCAGAAGAGGAAGACGACUUUGCUAAAGAGUUGAACAAGGCCCUAGCAGCAUCAGAAGAAAGCUCCAAUCAAAUACCCCCAUCACAACCUGAGAAUUACCCUGGCCGGUGGAAUGAUGGCGGCGAUGGUUCCAUUCUUGGUCUAGUUGCAGGAAUUGCAGACCUGUCUCUAAACCAAGAUUCUUGACUUCUAUCAUCAGAACUAUGAAUUCGGUGUCGAUCUAAUAGGCAAGGUACAUUUUCAUGUAGUCUUUUUUGGACUUGAGCAGCCCAUGAUAGAGACCGAACGAAGGAUGUACAUUGUAGAAUUUGAGGUUCGAUUUUCUAUUUCUCAGCAUUUAGAAAAAGCCACUGAACCACUUUUCAAUCCUAGAUGUUUGAUAAGCGCUCUCGCUAUGAGCAACAUUAAAAUGAAUAGACUGAACAGUACCGCAGAGAUGUCGAUUCUUUGAA